AUGGUCAUCACAAAUGCCCAAAACACUGCUUUCUUCACCCAGGAUGCUCAGAUGGCAAUUCCACUAGGAAUUUUCGCUCCCCAUCUGAAUCAGCAAGGCAUCACAACAAUAGAUUCGCUCAAGGAGUUCAAUGACGGCAUGCUUGAUGAUAUUCACAAGCACAUCACAAGACAUGGCCCUCCAAAUGAUGUCUUCAGCGCCCUGUCUCUUUCACGCCUCAAGACUGCUGCCUCUGCUGUCCGAUUUUACCUUGUUACUGGCAGAGCACUCACUGCAGCAUGUAUGAGAUGGACAAAUACAGUCAUCAUGUAUCAAGAGGAGCGUGAAGAACUGAAGAUUGCCCAAGAGCGGGAAGAUCCAAAGGUACCAUGUGUCAGCAAAGCUUUGCCCAUCAUGAAAUGGCUUGCUGCCUUUAGAUCUGUCAUCCAUGAGAGCUAUGGUGUGAGAGGUUUUCCUCUUGGAUAUGUCUUGAGAGAAGACG